AUGCUUGAUCAAGCUUUCCGAUGGGCCUAUAGUGUGGUCCAAAACCUGUUGCCCCUCAGCAGUGCCGACGCAGCCGACAGUGAGCCAAGUCCUCACGAGUCUCCGUUGCCUGCGGUGGCUUUCCGUCCGAACCCGCCUCGCGCGGCCCACCUCAAGUGCAAAUGCUAUCUACGCAAUGUGUUGCCCUAUGCCUGCCCCCUUACACAUGCCUCAAUCGGAUCCAAGCUCAUCAUUCUGGUCACCGGAGAAAGCUUCGCUGGGAAAGACUAUACCGCGGGCCUUUGGGUCAGCUAUUUCAGCGUGAAAGGCAUCAGGGCUGGCAUGGUCAGCAUAAGCGAUGCAAUCAAGGCGGAAUACGCAGAGGCCACCGGAGCGGACCUGAGCCGCCUGCUUGGGGACCGUGCCUACAAAGAACAACACCGGCCAGCAUUGACAGCUUUUUAUCAAGACCGUGUUCGCCAACGGCCACAACUACCUGAAGAGCAAUUUCUGAAGGUUGUGCAUGGUGCUGGAGAUGUGGAAUUGCUCUUCGUCACCGGCAUGACAGAUGAGGCACCCGUUGCAACCUUUUCUCCAUUGGUGCCAGACAGCAGACUACUCGAGGUCCGGGUUCAGGUGGACGAAGAGACCCUCCAGGCUCGCCGGAAAUAUGAAAGGGUUGCAGAUGGCGAUGCUGGUUCGAGUGACAAAAGAGCAACGAACACCAGAGCGUCAAGACCAAGUUCGUUGAAGCACAGGCUAUGCCUCAUCUUUCAAAAUGACACAGUAGGAGACAAAGCUGCUAUUGAGUUUGCUGUACAGCAUCUCCACCCAUUCUUUGACGCUAAAUUGCAGCGGCUCGCCGACAUGGUACGCUCUAUCCCCGAUUUCCCGCGUUCCGGGAUCGACUUCCGCCAUGUUUUGAACGUGGCCCAGCAGCCGGGUGGACUGACGUUAUGUACAUCACUGCUGCAAGAUCACUUCACUAAAGACUGGAACAAAGUCGAUAUGAUGGUUUCCUGUGAGACUGGCGGUUUCAUCUUCGCGUCGGCGCUGGCUGCGCAUAUCGGCAUCCCUCUGGCCUUGGUUCGCCAAGGUGUCAAGCUUCCUCCACCCGUCCUCUCCAUCGAAAAGUCAACAUCGCACAUCUCUUCCUACUCAUCUUCUAGCGAGUCGAUACAGAGGCGGUUCGAGCUGGGUCGGGGUGUGAUCUCCAGGGGAGCAUCAGUGGUAGUGGUGGAUGAUGUUCUAGCCACUGGAAAGUCAUUGCUGGCAGUGCUACACUUGGUGACCGAAGCUGGUGUUAGCCCUGAAGAUGUCAGCGUGAUGGUGGUGGCUGAGUUUCCAAUCCACCGGGGAAGACAAUUGUUGCUCCAAGAGGGCUUUGGAAGGGUUUCUGUACAAAGCUUGCUCAUCUAUGGCGGCGAGUAG